CGGCGUGAGAGCAGGAGAGACCCUUUCUUGGAUCUGACACUGUCACUUCCGCAUAGGUGUAGGAGUGCUAUAGGUCCCGGCUUAUGCAGCGCUUGUGUACAGCGUGUCCCGGAAGAGAGCAGUCACCGGCGGCUGCAUACAGACAGUGCUGCAGGGAGACGGGGAUGCAGCGGAGACCAUGUACGGCUGCCUGUGUGACCUGCUCCAGCUGCUGGCUGCCCUGGCAGCUCUACUUCUGCUCCUGCUUGCAGUUGUAGCACAUGUAACUGCCAAGAAAAUGCCAAAUCUGCAUCGUCACGAGGCAGAAAAGUUCUUCAUUGCCAGUAAAGGCGAAAAGAAACCAUUCCCCAGUAUUCAUGACCAGCCGACGAAAGACCUGUCUGUCGUGGUGCCCGCAUACAACGAAGAAGAACGGUUACCUGUUAUGAUGGACGAGGCAGUGGAAUAUCUUGAGAAGAAACAGAAACGAAGUCCAUCGUUCAGAUAUGAGGUCAUCGUUGUAGAUGAUGGAAGUUCUGAUAAAACAACAGAGGUUGCCUUAAAGUAUGCCAAUAAAUAUGGAAGUGAUAAAGUUCGGGUGCUAACCCUAGUAAAGAAUCGUGGCAAAGGUGGAGCCGUCCGGAUGGGAGUCCUUGUAUCUCGUGGAAAGACCAUCUUAAUGGCUGAUGCUGAUGGAGCUACAAAGUUUGCAGAUCUAGAAAAUGUGGAAAUUGGACUUAAUAGUCUGAAGCCCUGGCCAGAGAACAUGGCAAUAUCUUGCGGCUCACGAGCUCAUCUGAAGGAGGAGUCCAUAGCAAAGCGUUCUAUCUUCAGAACCUUUCUUAUGUACGGCUUCCAUUUCCUCGUCUGGUUUCUGUGUGUCCGGGGAGUUAAAGACACUCAAUGUGGGUUCAAGUUGUUUACAAGGGAGGCUGCUGCUCGCACAUUUUCAGCUCUUCAUGUUGAUCGUUGGGCAUUUGAUGUGGAACUCUUAUAUAUAGCUCAAUGCCUAAAGAUCCCAGUUGCAGAAGUUGCAGUGAACUGGACGGAAAUUGAAGGGUCUAAGCUGGUGCCUUUCUGGAGCUGGUUGCAGAUGGGACGGGAUCUCCUUUUUAUACGCUUGCGUUAUCUGACUGGUGUCUGGAAGUUAGAUACAACUGGCAAAUUAAAUUAAGUUUUAUUAAUGUACAGGUGAAAACAUGGAGUCUGCUUGGUGUGAAGCAUAGGCGGAUGAGUUAGUCACACUAUGCCCUGGCCUAUGCAGAACUACAUUUUAUGGUGUAUUGAAACAAUGGUGGUAGAUGAACUCAGCGAUGGCAUUACAGUUUUAAAACUGGCCUUGAUUUGUUUGUGGAUACAUUAUUGUUGUCUGUUUGUAAAAAAAAAAAAAAAAAAAGGACACUGUAUUCUACUGAAAUAUUUUAUGUAAAGGAAAGUUUGCAGACCAGUUUAUGAAGUCCGGUAACAUAUGGCUUAUGAGUCUUCAAUUCUUUGGGUUUUUUAUACAGAAGGGAGAUUUCAGCACUCUGUAUAUUAUGUAUAUAAACAAGCAAAAUAUAUGUAAACCAUAAUAAAAAUGUUUCUUUUACAUAUAUUUGAAUUCAGUUAAUCACCACUGCAGUUAUGUUUUUAUCAAAGUAUGCAUCUCUCUCUUUGAGAAGCCUUAAUUAUGCUGCAAAAUAGAAGCACGAAUGCAGAAUAACCCAAAAUUAUUAUUAUUAUUAUUAUUAUUAUUUUUGUUGUUAUUGUAUGUUUCGCCAUACAUUGCAGUCUUGUAGAGCUUCUAAAAGAAAUCUGAGAUCAUAAUUAAAACUUUCCAGAACAGCUUCUUGGUGGUGGGCAGCAAAUUUUCUCACCACAUCUCCCAAAUUUUCCCUAUCAACUGCAGUUAUUUUGAAUUAUUAAUGCAACUUAGACAACCUAAUUUCUUUUAGUGGAGGCACUUUUUUUGUAAUUACAAAGGUUAUUUUAUACAUUAUAUGGUUCUGUUUUUUCUCGCAUUUCAAAUACAAACUAAACUUGAAGACAACAUGUCAUUCAGAACAGACAGCUGGGCACAGUAGUGCAUACCACAUCAAGCUUACCCAAUACUGCAGAAUACCACAGCUGUGCUGUAACCUACAGGGACCAGUCACUCUGAGUUAAAACACAUGUGUGAUAUUUGCACUGUAUUUUUCCAAUAAACAGUUUUGCCUCC